GCAAAAAAACAUGGACCGCCUUCAAUGUUCAACAUCAGUAAUCAGUUUCACGUGUUCAUAUGCACAUUCAUAUUAGAUUAAUUACGCGUGGUCGAGAUUAGAUUCUGACGUGGAACGUCUCUUUAGACGUGGUAAUCGAGGACUCCCGCCCGUUCUUUUGCAUUGAUCAGCACAUUCAACCACUCGUCCUCUGAACCGAACCUUUCCUAUCUUAUCCGCCAAGUUCACUUUGGACGUUCGCAAGGAACCUGCACUUCAACCAUGGUCCAAGAAGAUUCAAGCGAGGGAAGACCGAGACACCAUGCAAACUUUUGCCUAUGAAGCCACCACUUCCUGGUUCCGCCAAAGAGAGAAGAAACUAUCUGAGGUACUACUGAGGCUUUCUGUUGGAUAUGGACGACGUGGAAGACUCCAGUGACCAAGAGCUGAGCACCACGGUGACGCACAAGGAAUCAGAUGCCCCACAAAACAAGAUGAGACAAUUCUGCAUUAACGGCAGAGAGGAGCCGUGCAGCCCUAGCCCCCCCUCAGCAUGCAGAGUCCAGGCCUCGAGGGACGGAUGGAGAGAUGGAGGAGAGGAGAAGUAUGGCACUGAAGAGAACCUAUUGGAUACCGGUUCUCCAGCAGAGGGCACACUGGAGGAACCCCUGUAGUCCCUUAUCUGAUUACUGGGUCUAUCUCAAUGAAAAACACAAUUCAUUUGAUUCCACCGUCACUAGCAACCAUGACUUUGUUACCACCAAGAGCCCAGUGAACUACACAGAGGGCGUGACCUCUUUCUCCGGUCCAGAGACGGACCAGGCCAGUGUCAGCCACUCCUCUGAGUGUGGGGACGUCAGUGGUGCUGAUCUUGUAGUGGUCACCGCUGCUGCUCAUCUACACCUUAUGGGGGACUCUCUGGCCUUGAUUGGCCAUGAGCUUCAGGAGACAGAUAAGGCGGUGUGUGCCAGCAGCAGCAUGUCUCUGCUCAUGGACUCCAUGCUGUGUGCCCUGGUGCCCCUAGUCUCCCUCACCGCCCUCAUGCCCGAGUUCAGUGGCGUCCCGCAACACACGCUGGUAGGGACCCCAACAGGGAAUAGACACGUGCAUAUGUAUGCCCCACGUCAACAAACAUGUCUGUGCACACUCAACCCACAUCGACCCAUACUCUAUGUAUGUACUGAUUUACUUUCGUACGCACAUACUCACAAGCAUGUACACAUUCACACACACUGUCAUGUUGGUGUUUCAGAAUAAGAGUCUUAAUGGUGUUCUUUCCCUUCUAUAAAGGUUGAUGCUAUGGAAAACAUAGCCUAUAUGAUGCCGGGCCUUUGAGGGACAGGCAGGCUAACGGGCUAAGACUAUCACUUCACUUCACUGUCACAUGUCCCACAUGUAACUGCUAAAAAAGAAAGUGUGUGUGUGUGUGUGUGUGUGUGUGUGUGUGUGUGUGUGUGUGUGUGUGUGUGUGUUGUGUGUGUGUGUGUGUGUGUGUGUGUGUGUGUGUGUGUGUGUGUGUGUGUGUGUGUGUGUGUGUGUUUUUCUUCUUGUGGUUCUGCGCAACCAACCUAUAGUUCUGAUCUGGACCCAGAGCAGGAUCUGUUCCCUGGUCGAACAGCAGGUAUCAUUUGAAAUAGUUGUGUUCAACUGACCGACCUGCGAUUAGGUAGGAGUUGUUCAACCCCACCCCAUCCCCACAGGUGUGGAUGGGACACACAUCUCACGGCCAACAGGUUCUCCACCCUAUCAAGGAAUGUUUUACAGCCUGAUGACUAAAAGUGAAAAAUAAAAUCGCAUCAUUCUGUGGGUGUGUUGAAAAGUGAUUAAACUAAAUGGGAGUGGCUUAACAGGUUUAAGCCUGAGUCUGCAAGGUUACACCAGGAAAAACAAGUCACAUAGGUGUCAAGUUGGUUAGAGAGUCGGGUAUAUCUCAAGAGACGGGUCUAGUAAAGAGUUUUGGGAAUGAAAGAGAUAACCAUACUGCAUUAAAGCUCAACUGCUCUCAACAUACAAGAAGACAAAGGAUCAACCGAGAGAGACCCCUACAACCAUGGCCACAUCGGGCUACCCCUCCACCUCAGAACUGACGCUGGUUCUUCUCGGGACCCUCGGCUGUGGAAAGACUGCCUCGGCGGACACCAUUCUGGGCCAGGUGGCCGCCGCUUCCCCCUCCUCCUUCGGCUCCUCAUCCAGGGUCUGCCACCGGCGGCAGGGCAUGUCCGAGGGCCGCAAGGUGACGGUGGUGGAGGCUCCCCGCUGGUACUGGAACGGCCAGCAGGUGGAGGAGAGCGUGAGGGAGGAGAGCCAGCGUGCGCUGCAGCUGGCCGCGCCGGGGCCCCAUGCCUUCCUGCUGCUCAUCCCCGUCUGCCAGUUCACAGAGGUGGAGGGGCGUGUCCCUGUGGAAAUGAAAGAAGUGUUCGGUCCGGAGGUCCUGAAACACACCCUGGUCCUUCUCACCUGUGGAGACUACCUGGCAGGACAGACGGAGGAGAUAUACCUGCAGGGAGAGGACCCGGGUCUGAGGGAGGUGAUUGGCCGCUGUGGUGGGCGUUACCACAUCAUCAACAACCGCCAGCGACAUGACAGGCAACAGGUCCGCACCCUGUUGGACAAGGUCGAGGUCAUGGUAGCCAUGAAUGGGGGAGCCUACGUGCAGACCAGCCCACAGAGGGGGGUGAAGGACCAAACCCCGUCCCAGAAACAGCCGCCCAAGACGAGGGAGAGCUUCCGACUGUUGGAGGAGAAGAAGGCAGCGCUGAGGGAUACCACUGACUACCAGGAGCCGCCAGUAGCGGUCGGUCGGCGGGGCACAGACAUGACCAUGAAACCUGAGUUCCUGAGGCUUGAGGGUCUAUUGAUCAGUGAGGCGUUAGGGACGCAGAGAUCUCCACCUCGCCAUGGCAACGGACUGGAUGGCAUGUACAGCUCCGUCAUCGACGGCUCUGUUCUGGACCAGCUGAAUGCAGCAGAGCGCGCCACAGUGCCACAGAUAUCCAAGGUCAAGCCGAAUGAGAAAACGAUCCAAACUUCUUACCAGGAGAUCAACAGCAUCAGAGUGCAAUCCUCCCACCAGACCUCUCCCUCCUUCUCCUCUCCACAGUCCCCCAGCUCUGGCUCUUCAUCAUCACUACUAGCCUCUUCCUCAUCUCCAUCCCGACUGCCCCCCUCAUCCUCAUCUUCGUCACAACUCCCCUCCUCUUCCUCAUCUUCAUCACAGCUGCCCUCCUCCUCUUCCUUGUCUUCAUCAAAACAAACCUUCUCCUCUUCCUCGUCUAAAUCACAACUGCCCUCCUCCUCUUCCUCGUCUAAAUCACAACUGCCCUCCUCCUCUUCCUCGUCUAAAUCACAACUACCCUCCUCCUCUUCCUUGCCUCAAUCACAACUGCCCUCCCCCUCUUCCCUGUCUCAAUCACAACAGCCUUCCUCUUCUUUGACCUCGUCCUACCCCAUGUCUUCCUCUCCGGAGCUGCGUCUGGUGUUGCUUGGCAACUCUGGCGUUGGGAAGAGUGCGGCGGGAAACAGCAUUCUGGGUAAAGAGGAGUUUGAGACGCGGCCCAACAGCCUGGUGGCUGUCACGCAGCAAUGUGAGAAGAGGAGGGCACUGGUCGCGGGCAGGAAGGUGGCAGUCAUUGACACCCCGGACUGGUUCCACGCAGAGUGUUCCCCGGACGAGGUGCGCGCCCAGAUCUCCUCCUGCGUGGCCCUGUCCUCCCCGGGGCCCCACGCCUUCCUGCUGUGUGUGCCCCUGGACCGGCCGGCCCGCUCGGAGCUGCAGGCCCUCGGGGUCCUGGAGGCCGUGUUCGGGGUGGAGGCGGUCCGCAUGCACACCCUGCUCCUCUUCACCCAGGCUGACCAGCUGCGGGCCAACGGCAAAAUGGGCGGGGGCAGCGACGUGGAGGCUUACAUCGGCGCCGAGCGGGCGGACCUGGUGAAGCUGGUGGAGAGGUGCGGAGACCGCUUCCACGUGCUGGAGAGGGGGCCCGGGGGGGCCGGGGAGCGCAGCGUGAACCAGCUCCUGGAGAGGGUGGAGCAGACGGUGCUCGAGGCGGGGGGCGGGUGCUACUCCUGCCCGGCCUUCCAGGAGGCGGAGGAGCGGGUGAGGCAGAGACAGCGGGAGAUCGCCCACGAGAGGAGGGGCGGCCGGGGGGAGCAGGGGGAGCCCUGGGCCGGACGGCCCCCCAUGCAGACGCUGCCCGAGGCCGACGAGGACCAGGAGGACAUCGCCGAGGCGAGGGACGAGGCGGAGAGGACGGUGGGCGCCAUGCGGCUGGAGAGCCUGCCGCCCAUCACCGCCUCCACCCUCAGCCCCUCCCUCAUGAGCUCCAUGAGGGAGAUGGUGGAGUCCACGGCCAUUUGGCUCCCCAAGAUGCUCUCGGACAGCUCCGUGAUGGUGGGCGACGGGGUGAAGAAGGUGGCCCAGAGUCCGGUGUGGGGGAAGAUGGGAACUGGAGCCAAGGAUGUCCAGAGAAUGGUUGCCGAUAGCUCGGUGUGGGAGAGGGUAAGGUCCGGAGCCGGUGGGGUCACCCAGCCCAUGGCCGAUAGCGCUGUGUGGGAGAAGAUCGGGGCGACCAAGGUCCCCGGGUUGAUGUCGGGCAGUUCCUCAGCACUCAGAUCUCGAGCCAAACUGGUCGCCGACAGUGCCAUGUGGGGAAAAGUUGGAUCCGGAGCAAAAUCUGGGGCCAAAUUAAUGUCUAACGGUUCCAUAUGGGUCGGGUCCGGGGCCAAGAGUUUGGCGCAGAGUCCCGUCUGGGGACAGGUUGGGUCUGGGGCCAAAAGCGGAGCCAAGAUGAUGGCAGACGGUUCUGUACGUGUUGGUGCUGGUCUCGGAGAAGGGGUGAAGAAGGUGGCACGGAGCCCGGUAUGGGGCAAGAUGGGAUCCGGGGCCAAAGCCGGGGCCAUAAUGGUGUCCGAGAGCCCCGUCUGGGAGAAAAUGCUGACCGAGGCUAAGAAGGUGCCCAUGGUAGUCGCAGGGGGGGCGUUACUGGGUCUGCUGCUCGGGGUUGUUUUGGGAGGUGUGCUAGGGGGCGCUAUAGGGGCCGCUACUGGAUCUGCGAUAACUGAAGUUGGCCGGAGAAAAUUUAGCAAAGACGGAAAUUCAGUUCAUCAAAUGCAAAGUGGAGGUAUGGGAAAUAUCAUGAUGGAAGGAGAGCAGUCACUACUACAAAGUGGCCAACAGCGUUUUAAAGCACAGUGACACCAAGAAUGUUCAAAAGAGCAUUCAUGUGUUUGUUUUAUAUAUAUAGAUCUAUAGAUGUAUAGAUAUAUAUAUUGUGCACAGCAUUGUUUUAUGCAAUAAAUGCUGAUGAAUGUAAAUUUGUAGUAUACCAUACAAUUGUUUAUCUUUCCCUGUAAACCGAUCAGAUAUUCAUUGCUUUGGAACGGAAAUUCAUCUCAAUGUGGUAAUAAUGGACAGCAAUAAUUGUAUUAUAAUGCACAACAUAUUAUAUUGUGCAUUAUCUUUUGUGGAUCAAUAUGGAUCCAAUAUCGAAAUAUUUUAAUUGACCUUACUGCUUGAAUAAAGAAUGCAAAAAUGAUUGA